AGGCAAUACUUUCCCAUCAACCAGAAGAAAAACAAAAGUAUUCCAACUUUUACAAGAAAAAUUUUCUUUCUUUCCAGAUUGUUUGAAUUGAGUGAGAAUGAUAAGCACCAAGAAGCUGAUCCAAAUGGCAAGGAAGUGGCAAAAGGCGGCUGCAGCCGGAAGAAAAAGAAUUUCACUACGUAGAACAAAUAGCGGUGCCACUUCGGGAAACAAAAGCAAAUCAUCAUGCGCUCAAAAGGGUCACUUUGUGGUUUACACCUCGGACAACAGACGUUUUGUGAUCUCUCUAUCAUAUCUCGGCAACGGCAUCAUUAGAGAGCUCUUCAAGAUGUCCGAAGAAGAGUUUGGAAUUCCCAACAGUGGACCUAUCAGGCUUCCAAUUGAUGCAUCAUCUAUGGAAUACAUAAUCUCAUUGAUCGGCAGUGGCUUAGCUAAAGACCUGGAGAAUGCUCUGCUUAUGUCCAUUACGAGCUGCAGCAGCUCAUGUAUAGCUUUAGAUAAGAGAUUUUCAUGUCCACAACUUUAUGUUUGCAGCUGCUGAAUGUAGUAGCAUGCCAUAAUUAUGUGAAAAAUAGAAAUUAUUUCAACACAUGAAAAUUGUUCUUUUGUUUAUUCUC